AUGACACACACUCAACCAUUCACGUGCACGUUCUGCUGGCACCCAUCUUACGGCCCCCCGCAUACCCUCGGCCGCUCCGCGCGCCUGACCUGCGAGUCUUGCUACCGCGGCCUCGAGAGCGUGAGUCUGGGGUGGUGUUUCUGGCACCGCGCGUGUUAUGGCUGUCUGUUUUGCGGGAGCAGGUUGGUGGUUAUCGGGCCGACGAUUGCGGAACUCUUCGUUGAUGACGACGACGACGACGACGAUGGUGAUGAUGAUCGAGUUGCAAAUAGUAGAGGUGGGGAUGUUGUUGGGACGGGACGGGAGAUCACGGAGGUGCCUAUUUGUGCCAAUUGCGCGGUGGAAUGCGAGGUCGAUUGCGAGGAUCGGCGGGCUUUCGUGCGAAAUGCUUUGUGUAGGGUGGAUAAGAGUGAUGGGGGUAUGGCUGGCAUGAGAUGGGUGAAAAUGGGCGGGCAGAUGAGUAGGAGGGCUGUGGGAGAGAUCAAGAGGGUGCCGGCUACGGUCCCUAAAUCUGACCAGAGCCCGCCGUCUUUACAUCGGUCACGAUGGUCGAUUCAGGGUCGGACACACACUUCACAUGCAUUUCGUCUACCAGUUGACGGCGCUUUGGGUGCUCCGGAAGAACUAAGCGGUAGUGAAGGGAACCGUGUCGCUCUUCCAGAUCCCGUCAUAUACGUCUCGAUUUUCGAUCCUAUUAACGAGCCUAGUUUCAAGCCCAGUCCUACAAAACCAAUUCCUAAGUGGAUGCGGUGGCUUCCUAGCCAACGAGGUCAAGAUCGCCGUCAACAGACCGAGCCUCGACCCCAUUCCAUCCUUGAUCAAUAUUUCCCUCCUAAUCCCACCGAGCCGGAUGAUUAUCCCAUAUCCAACUCACCUACUAUUUGUCCAACAAGUCCCUCACCGAGCCCGCUCUACUUAGCAGCCACUCCACGACCCCCUAAUCGCCUUCCCACGCCUCGAAGUUCGGAGUUUGGCAAACUAGCCGAGUCGACUAUCACCGCCCUCAAGGGCCCUUCCUUCGUUCUAGACGAGCCAUUAAAACGCCCUUCUUCGCGGAUGGCCCAGCCAACAUCGGCUAGUCCCAAGUCUGCAAACGCAGUGUUCACUCCACUACCUAAUCCACCAGAUCCUCGCAGCCACACACCAUACGUCCCCCAGCAGCCGUCGCCUCUCGUACUCCACAACAGCAAAGCCGGUCCACGGGAGGCAGUCCCGCGCCGCGCCCCGUCGCCGCUAACAGAGCAAGUAACAGCCCAUCUCCAGCGACGCGCGCGGCGGACGCCGCCCGCGCAGUCGAGAGAGUUCCUCAACAUCUACAACAAGCCCUUCCAGCCGCGGAGCCCGAGCGCCGCGGUCCCGGGCCGCAGGCAAGACAGGGGUGUAGGCGACGGAAUGCAGAUCCGGGAUAUGCUCGGCCGGGACCGCACGCCGUCGCCGAGCAGCGGCGGUCCGAAGCACGUCGUUACGGAUGGGGGGGAGGUGGUGGAUGUGCGGAGCAUGCGGAAGAAGUCGGGCUUGCAGAGCGAGAUAAAGAGGUUUUUGAGUGGGAGAGGGGGGGGGGGUGGUAGGGAGGGAUGA